CUCCUGCAGGCCAGCGGUCCAUCAUUUGCCAUCACUACCUUCACGUCGGUGCUUUCGAACUGCGCCAGUCGACGAGGACAAGACAGCGUCCCGCCAGUCGGCUGAAGUCACGCCAUGCCGUGCAUGCACAGGUUCAUGUUCUGGUUCCCCGUGCGGCUCGGCUCCGUCAUCGUGGGAGUGGCGACGCUGCUGCAAGACGCGGCCGUGCUGGUGGUAUGCGGGGUCCAGCGAGGGGACUCCAGGGCCAUGUCGGAGUCGCUGGAGGACUGGCUCCAGUCCCACGGCUCCAACGCCAUGGCGGGACUCGUCUCCGCGCUGAACGACAAUCCUGAGAAGUUUCUCAACUUUUUCCUGGCAAUCUUUACAGUGCAUGGCGUAUCUUGUACUCUGCUAAUCGUUGGUGCUUUAAAGCUGAAGCUGUGGCUCGUGUACCCGUUCGCGGCGCUGGAGGGCGGGCGGCUCGCGGCGCUCACUGCGGCCUUCACCGCCGCCAUGCUGCUCGCGAGGGACAACAUCUCCAGCCUCGGCGCCAUCACCGUGUCCACCGUCGGCGGCACGUUCGCGCUGCUGCUGCUUUUCUACAUGUGGUUCUGCACGAUCAGUCUCUGCCAGAUGGUAAAAGCAGUGAAGAGAAUGAAUUACAUGACCAAGCAGAUGGUUUUACGAGAACGCAUGGCAAGGAACCGCUCAAAGUACACUGCUACAGGUGACAUUGGAUAUUUCAGCAACCAACUGCUGGUGCCCACCAUGUAGUCUGCGAUCC